CGGGCUUCCAUAAUUGUACCGUUGUUUGAGAAACCGGGGUACAACUCGGACUCAACGCCCCACGUACGAUAUUCCUGGCCUCCGUGGUUUGACAUAUUGUUCCUGUGGUGGCCAAGCAUAAUGUGAACCAAGUUAGCUCCGUUUGCACAGAUUGUCAAAUCUUGCUGACAAUGUCGAACGUAUAAGAGUUAAUGCAUCGACCUUACGUUUCCCACACGCUCUCACUUUCCUCCGUGAAGCCGAGGCAGGCUUCAUAACUCGUGACUCGAUGCAGGUGACGGUCCAUGUACUAUAUAUACAGUCGCCACUGUCGUUUGUCCCAGCUCUCGAUGGCGUCUGAAUCCAAGCCUCAUACAGGAGCCCCUUGCCAUGAGGAUAAACAAGCCUCGGAGACACUAGUGGAAGCAUAUCCGGUCACCAAGGGGUCCGAUCCUCCCUCACUCUCGGACGAGUUUCCUGAAGGUGGUCCGGCAGCUUGGAUAACUGUCCUUGGAUCGUUCCUUGUGCAGUUCAGCGGCUUCGGCUAUGCCACUUCAUUUGGUGUAUAUCAAGAUUUUUAUACCCAACAUUACCUCACAAAAGAAACAUCAGUCGGCUAUAUCGUGAGCUUCUACUUCGGGAGCUUUAACAUGUUUUUACUCACAUCUGUAGGCCUCAUAUCAGGUUCACUGUAUGACCGAGGAUAUUUCUCCCCGAUAUUCCUUGCUCAAGGGAUAGGUUCAGGUAUCGCGGCAGGGCUCUUGUUUGUCCCGAGCACGGCUGUCGUUGCGCAUUAUUUCCGACGCAAACGCACGCUGGUUCUCACAUUUGUCGCUACGGGAUCUUCAUUGGGCGCUACCAUCCAUCCGAUCAUGCUUAAUCACCUUUUGAAUGGUCCUCUCGGCUUUUCCAAUGGCGUCCGUGCAAGCGCAGGGUUGAUCACCGUGCUCCUUCUAAUCGCAUGUCUAUGCAUGCGAACUCGCCUUGAUUCGCCGACGACACCGGUAAACUACGUUGCGGCAGCUAGAAAGUGUAUUCGCGACGUACCGUUUAUUUUAAUGACCGCAGCGGGCUUUCUUUUCCAGAUUGGCCUCUACUAUCCGAUGUUCUUCUUUCAACUCGACUGUAUCCAGCACGGCAUCAGCACCACGUUCUCGUUUUACUCUCUAGUUAUUUUAAAUGCUGCCAAUUCUGUGGGACGAGUCACGUCGGGCUUCAUCGCAGCCUACACAGGAGUCCCGAAUUUAACCAUAGUUGCGACGAUUUCGUGCGGUGUACUCAACUUGGGCUUUAUUGGAUUGAGUAAUCUGGCCAGCGCAAUAGCGCUUGGUGUGAUUUAUGGAUAUUUUGCAGGGCUAUACAUCGGGGUAUGGACCCCACUUAUAGCUGAUUUAACAUCUGACCCGUCCGAGCUCGGUGCACGGAUGGGCAUAUCCUUUUUCGUGAGCGGUGAUCUAAGUUUUAUUCUAGGAACACCUAUAGCUGGCGCUCUGCUGACAUCAAACUAUAUUUGGUGGAUACCCGCGCUGUUCUCCGGGGUUAUUGCGCUGGCUGGUAGCAUGGUGUAUAUUGUCAUGCGGUUAGUGUUAGUGAAAGGCAGAUCGAAGAAACAGCGCGUAUAAGAAAGCUGUCCCUAAGGAAUACACCGCUGCUUAUGCUCCAGCGCUUUUAGGACUGCACAGAGGCAGAUUCCCAUAAUGUUCAUGUGCGCGAGAGAAUUGCUGUCAUCUAUCAGUUUGUGCCCACCGUGUAUUCCUACGCAUCUUCCUUAUCGCUGUACUUUAUUCCGCGAUCGUCACACCUUCUCCAAACGCAUCGCUUAGUACUUUGAA